CAGCAGAAGACACCAGGAGACAGUUGGAGACACCAGGAGACAGUUGGAGACACCAGGAGACAGUAGAAGACACCAGGAGACAGUUGGAGACACCAGGAGACAUGGGGAUUGGCUCCAGCAGCGUAGACACCAUCCCGGAGGGAGAACAGCUGAUCAAGGAGACCGGCUUCUCUGCUGCUCACCUGCUGCGUCUACAUGAAAGGUUCCAGUUCCUUGACAGGGACAACAGAGGAGAACUCAGGUCGGACGAUCUGGAAGCCGUUUCAGAGCUGGCCUUGAACCCGAUUGGAGAUCGGAUCAUCGCAGCAUUCUUCAGCCCAGGGAAACAGUCGGUGGACUUCCCGUCCUUCGUCCGGGUCCUGGCUCAUUUCCGCCCCAGUGACGUGAAGAGAAGCAGAGACGCAGCUCAGCAGGAGGCCAACAGCCCCAUCAGGAAGCUCCGAUUUGCUUUCCAGAUGUACGAUCAGGACGGAGACGGGAAGAUUUCCAGAGACGAACUCCUGCAGGUGCUGGGGGCCAUGAUGGGGCUGCAGGUGACGGAGGAGCAGCUGCAGAGCAUCGCCGACCGAGCCAUCCAGGAGGCCGACCUGGACAGGGAUGACGCCAUCUCCUUCGACGAGUUCAGAAAGGCUGCACCGUGCUUCUUCUGUUUGCAGUCGCUGGAGAAAGUCAACAUCGAUCAUAAGAUGAGCAUUCGCUUCCUGAAGUGAAGCUGGACUCCUCAGCUGGCCGGGUUGAUCUCUUCACACAGCCAGCAGCUCCUCUGAAGCUCCUUUGAAGUUCCUCUAAAGUUCCUCUGAAGCUCCUCUGAAGCUCGUGUUCCAGACAGCAGCCUGUUCUUCACUGAGGAGUUUUAUUUCUUUUCCCUGAUUUUUUUUUUUUUAUUCUAAAGAGCAUUCAGACGAGAUCAGGAGAUGUUAUCCCAUCU